AUGGUCGGUGCUCGAUCACGGACAUUAUGGGUGGUUCUGUUGAGUUGGGUGGUUGCGAUUUCCACCGCCCAGCAGUGGGACGGAUCGCUGACGAACGAAACGUUUGAUGUCCACGCGUAUCCGGGCGAGCAGUGUUUGCGCGAGUGCGAUGAAACGCAACCCCGAAUUUGCUACUUCUCGUGGACGAUGGAACACUACCACGUGAUGGGACCGGCUUGCCGGAACUGUGCCAAGGGUGAACCCGCCGAUUGCUUCCAUCCAGCUUGCAUCACUGCGGACGGUGUCGAACGUGGCGUUAUGAGUCUCAACCGCAAGAUCCCUGGUCCAGCGAUCAACGUGUGCCGUGGUGAUGUAGUCGUGAUCGACGUCAUGAACGCGAUGGCAGGAACGGCAGCUUCCAUCCACUGGCACGGGUUGCAUCAACGUGCUACACCUCACAUGGAUGGUGUCCCGUUUGUGACCCAAUGUCCGAUAUCCUUCGGGAAUACGUUCCGGUACUCGUUUCUUGCCACUGAACCGGGCACCCAGUUUUACCAUUCGCAUUCCGGGCAUCACAAAGUGAACGGACACUACGGUGCGUUGAUCGUGCGAGAACCGCGUAGGGCUGAUCCGAACCAACAUUUGUACCACUACGAUACACCCGCCCACGUGAUCGUCGCCUCGGACUGGAUGCACGUGGAUGGUGAGAUGUUCAUGCCGGGUUUGCCCUCGGGAGGUGGAAUUCUACCCAUCAACUUGCUCAUAAACGGCCGUGGGACAUAUCUAGAUCCGGAGACGAACGAGCGUACGAUUGCGCCAUUGUCCGUGUUCACGGUGCGUCGAGGAGCACGCUUCCGGUUCCGUUACAUCAAUGCCGCUAGUCACGUGUGUCCGAUGCAGCUACAGAUCGAAGGCCACACGCUCGAAAUCAUCGCUAGUGACUCGUUCCAUUUGCAGCCCCGUAAGGUCGAUACGAUCGUGUGUACGUCCGGUGAGCGAUACGAUUUCGUCCUCGAAGCCAACGGUGAUAAAGACUUCUACUGGGUGCGGUUGCGUGCCCUUGGGAACUGCAUUCGCCGGGAGCUGGAGCAAUUCGCUAUCCUCCGGUACACCAACGAACCAGCGGUUGAAGCCGCUUUCCCAAGCGAACAGCCUCCACCGUAUGAGCAGCAAUUCUCGAACGAAGUCACAGCCAACCACCCAAAUGCCACCUGUGGACGGCCCGAGUUUGGGGACUACUGUAUCACCGAUUUCCAGGCGUAUGACACGGACGAAAGCGUAAUCAAUGGUGUUCCAGAUCACCAGCUAACGCUUGGAUUUUACAACUACCCUGUCGGUUUCCGGAACAUGUUCGAGAGACUUCCGUACGAGCACUUUAUGAACAUCCACGCCAAUGUGAUGUUGCAGGGUGCGAUCAACAAUAUCAGUCUCGCGUAUCCGCCCUUCUCACUGCUCACUCAACCCGAGCUGAUCGAUGAACAGAUGUUCUGCGAGGCGGAUCGUCGUCCUGCACGGUGUUCUGAUCGACAGCUUUGCACGUGUACCCACCGCAUCAAGAUCGCACUCGGUGAUCUAGUGGAGCUAUACAUCCUCGAUCUAACACCUGCAGCAGAUGAUCUCAACCAUCCAUUCCACCUACACGGCUAUCAGAUGUUCGUGAUGGAGCUUGGACAGGAUCGACGCGUUCCGAUCACGCUCGAGAUCGCGCAGCAGAUCGCUCGGCAGCGGUUAACCGUACGGAACACGAUCCAAUUGCCACCGCGUAAGGACACGGUCUCGAUACCGAGCCGAGGUUUCGCACGAGUGCGCUUCCGUGCGGACAAUCCCGGUUUCUGGCUGAUGCACUGCCAUUUCGAGUGGCACACGGCCGUCGGGAUGGCGUUGAUCCUGCAAGUGGGUGAAACGGAUCAAAUGGUGCGCCCACCGGCUAACUUUCCGAAGUGCAAUAGCUACACGCCACCGGUUGAUGAGCAGCUGUUGGCGAAUCUUUGACUCUGGGACGACUCGAUCGCUUCUUCGUAAGCCAUAUUUAUUCUAGCCCGUACGGUGAUAAGCUGUAGAUAGUGUAGAAAGUGCUUCCGUCGCUCGCGCGUAGCUGUAACUGGUAUA